AUGAGUACUCAAGAUCAACCUGCUGAUAUCAAUUUCUUUAAAGGCCAUCCUUCGUUUAGGUUGCUCCCAGGUAAACAGAUUGCAGAGGCUGCCAAGGAGCUUUUAACGCCAGACAUUAGAGACUUCGAUGAUGAUACAAGAAACAGACAUCCGUUGACCUAUGGAAGUGAUGAAGGUGCUUUAUGGGUUAGAGAGACCAUUUGUCAUUUUAACAACGAUGAAGCCUUUAGAUUAAGCCCUGGUGACAGAGCCAGAUCCAAACCUGAACAUUUAAAUUUGAACUCUGGUGCAUCAUAUGGUGUUUUAAGUAUUUUACUCGAGACCACACUAGCUCAUACUGGUUAUACAAGACAGGCGUUUGUGAUUACGCCAACGUAUUUCCUAAUCAACGACUGUUUUAUAGAUGCAGGAUUUGCCAACAAGACAACAGCAAUUGAUGAAUUGGGUGAUGGUAAAGUCGAUUUAGAUUCAUUGGAGAAAAAAUUAGAAGAGUUGGAAAAGCAACAUGAAGGUCAAGAUGAUUCUAAGGAUUUAGAAUUGAUCAAUAACCCGUGGAAAUCUACUCAUAAAAAGGUUUAUCGCUAUGUGUUAUAUUGCAUUCCAACGUUUGCAAAUCCUAGUGGACAGACCUAUACCCUUGAAACUAGGCGUAGAUUAAUUGAAAUUGCACGUAAGUAUGAUAUGCUCAUUUUGGCGGAUGAUGUUUAUGAUAUGCUGGAUUAUGAACAAAAUGUGGAUAAGUCGCCCCAACCGAUUAAAAGGUUUGUGCAUUUAGAUAGAGAAACCAACGAAGAUCCAAAUUCUUUUGGGAAUACUAUUUCUAAUGCCACUUUCUCUAAAUUGAUUGCCCCUGGUCUCAGAUUUGGGUACCAUGAGAGCAUAACUCAAAAACUGGUAUUCCAACUCUCACAAGGUGGUGCAAACACGUCUGGAGGCACACCAUCCCAGUUGAACUCCAUGAUUGUGGGAACUAUGCUGAAGAAUGGAUCGGCCUAUAACGUUUUAGCAACUCUGAGAGCAGCUUACAAGCAGAGGGCCAUAGCAUUAAGACAGGCGGUUAUUACAUAUUUACCCAAGGGUACUCAAAUGGAACCGGUAAAAGGUGGAUAUUUCGGUUGGGUGACACUUCCACUCGGUUACGACGCUAAGGAAAUCGGUCAAAGGCUAAAGUCCAAAUAUGGGGUUGUUUUAGCCGACGGGUCCAAUUUCGAAGUCGUUGGUGAUACAAGGAACUGGGGACAACGUAGCGUGAGAAUCUCCAUAAGUUUCCUAGAGACCCAGGAUAUUGAGAAAGGAAUAGAACUCUGGGGCCAAGUUUGUAAAGAGUUCGCCGCUGAGAAAAGUCUGUAUUAA